GUCGACUCCAGGACAUCAUGCCGGAGCUUCGAUGACAAGAAGGACUCUGGAGAGAGCGCCUCGCUCUUGAAGUGUCGAGUCAAUCCUCGAAUCAUCUCAGAUGCUACAAUUGGUCUUUCGGAUGGCCUCACAGUGCCCUUCGCUUUGACGGCUGGACUGUCAGCACUCGGCACCACAGACCUCGUUGUCUACGCUGGUUUUGCAGAGUUGAUUGCAGGUGCUAUUUCAAUGGGCCUUGGUGGAUACCUUGGCUCCAAGAGCGAGGCUGAUGCUUAUUUUUCCGCACUUGAGGAGACCAAGCAGUGUGUUGCAGAGGACCAGCAGAAGGCUUGCGAAAUGGUUCGAACGACGUUCGACAAGUACGCUUUUGCUCCUGAGACCAUCAAAUGCAUGACCAAGAACCUCAGUGAAGACCCGGAUCAGUUUGUCGACUUUCUCAUGCGUUUCCACCAUCAGCUUACAGAAGCUGAUUUCGUGGCAUCUCGAGCUUACGUCUCAGGCUUCACAAUUGCGCUUGGAUAUUUCCUCGGAGGUAUGGUGCCAUUGCUGCCGUACUUGUUCUUCACCCGCGUCCAAGACGCACUUCUGUGCAGUAUACUAGUCAUGGGUAUCGCGCUGUUUGUCUUUGGCUGGGCGAAGACGGCUCUGUUGGGCGAGAAUAGCUGGCGCAUCUGCUUUUCGAAUGCAGUUCAGAUGUUGGUGCUCGGAGGCCUAGCUGCAGCAGCAGCAAUGGGCUGCGUUAAG